CAUUUCUAUGCCAUUAUAGUAGUAAUCUCUGGUAUUAACCUAAUAUUUUCUAUUGUAAGGUUUUUUUAAGUUUGAGAAUGGAUAAUAUUGAGGUUUUUUUCCGUGAAGUCAAAGAAAUUAAUCAACAGGACGCCGGAAACAUUAAUAUUGGACAUUUGGGAGACAACGCAAGUUGUUUUUCAACUGAUAAAAACCAUUUAUACUUGUAUGAAAAGCAAAUUGACCAUGUUAAUCCUAUUGGAGAAAACAUUAGAGAUGUCAAAAAUCUAAUAUACCUAUCAGUCCGCGGGGUUUUGUUUCUGACUAACGAUUUCGAUUUAAUAAUAUACAAAAUCAAAUCAAAAGAGUUUGUCGUUGUUUAUUCUUUUGCUGUAAAAAUUGAAAGUCUGGCAUGGAACCCUAAUGAAACUUGUUUGGUGGUUUGCGAUUAUGAGGAAACCCUUUAUGGUCUUAUAUUUGAAUGCAAUAUUGAUUUGCAAGAAUACAAAUUUAUUGAAGCUUGGAAAUCAUGUUUACAAGAUCCUGUACCGAAUUCAGUUUAUGUAGGAUGGGGUUCUUACAAUACUCAAUUCAAGGGAUCAAAAAAAGGAGAGGAAGAAAUAAAAGAAAUUCCACAGAAGUAUACUCCACCUACAAUAUCUUGGAGAGGCAACGGAGAGCAAUUUGUGGUAAAUUUUUGGAAAGAAGGAAGAAGAUAUCUGAAACUAUUUGACAGCUCAUUAAGGCCUUUGUAUCAAUCUCAUGCCUACCCAAAUUUGUUACCUCCAAUAUCAUUUAAAGGUCAAGGAAAUUUUAUUGCAUGUUCAGCAGUUCACAAUAAUCAAAAUAAAGUUGUUAUUUUUGAGAAAAACUGCUUGCUUAAAUCGGAAUUUUUCAUUCCAGAAGUUAGGGGUGAAAUUAAGAAGCUUCUAUAUCAUCCAUUUCAUCAAAUUUUGAUUAUAUAUAGUAUUGAAGACACUGGGCAUAGCACUAUUAAUAUCUUUCUGUAUUUAAAUGCUAAAUGGUAUCUCAAACAACAGCUCUCCUAUGAAGCUGAAAACCAAGUAAAGGCUCUUUCCUGGUCAGAUAAUCUGCAAAAUUUUAUUUGCAAAUUAAACAUCCUCACUUUGCAUGAUGUUGAGCAUAUUGUUCUUAGAAUGGUAAUAAACAGAUGUCCUAUCAGUGGGACUGUGGCGGUUACUGAUGGUUCUGUUGUUAAUUUUACCUUUUUUUCUUCUGAAAUUGUACCCCCUCCAAUGUUCAGUGCUUCCUUGAAACUUGAUAAACCUAUCAAUAAGAUACAUUUUCAUCCAGAAAUUAAGCUAUGUAUUUUGAUUGAUACCACUUUAAAUACACAAGUGGUUGACUUUGGAAAUAAUAUACUGAAAAAAAUUUCAUACUAUGUUGAUCAAAGUGUAGAUGAACUAGUUAGAAAACUCAAAUUAGGAGGGGAUAAUACUAAUUAUCUUUUCUUUAGUGAUGUAAUUGAGGUAGUGGAACCAAUAAAUUUGAAUGAGGGGGAGAAUUCGUCUCUAGUAUAUUGUACAGGGUGCAGAAUAGAUGGUUGUUUCUAUGAAUUUGCAUUGAAUCAGUGCCAUGAUUUGCUCAUAAACAAAAAUGCAGUCUGUAGUAAAGUAUUUUCCAUUUUCAUAUACAAAAGUUACUUUCUUUUUACUCAUGCCUCAUGCAAACUUUACUGUGUACGCCUCACAUCAGAUAAUGUUGAUCAAGCAAAUUGGGACCUAACCAAAUUUUAUGUAAGAGAUAUAGAGCAAGGUGCAAGAAUUGUUUGUGUCAAUGAAAAAGCUGAAAUUAUACUGGAACUACCUAGAGGAAAUUUAGAGAUCAUUGAAUGUCGGCUCAUAUGUAUUGACAAGGUAGAAAAGAUGAUGUGUGACAAUAAGUGGCAGGAUGCGAUCAUGUUAAUUAGGCAGAAUAAAUUAAAUUGGAAUCUUCUUAUUGACUUGAAUCCCCAAAGAUUUAGUGACCACGUACUGGAGUUUGCAAAAGCAGCUGAAUCGGUGUCUUUGUUGAAUUCAAUUGUGUCUGAACUGGGUACAAUCAAUUGCCUCCAAACUAUGUACUCUCAGUGUAUCAAAGAUUCCAUUCCACUACACACAGUCAACACUAAGCACAAGAUAUUGUCGCAAAUAUUGAACUGCAUUAUCAAUUUAGACCCAGUGACUAAUUUGAUAAGCAUAGUUAUUUUACAAAUAAGGCAUUUCACAUUAAAAUCGGCGCUAAAGUCUGUGCAUAUGGUCUUCAAAUUGGGUCACCUAAAUAUAUGCAAGAAAGCCAUAUUUCAAAUUUUGUUGUAUCAUCCAUCAGAUAUUAUUAUAAAUAUAAGUUUCACUUUAUAUGAUGUUGAUUUCAUGGAAUUUAUGCAUAUUUGCUGUUCUCAGGAUCCAAAGGUGUUUGAACCUCAACUAAAGACAUUAACAAACUUAGAAACUAUUGAUUUGAGGUUUCAGAUGAAUGUACUCGCAAAAAAUUAUAAAGGAGCUGUAAAAUUUCUCCUUAGAUGCUCAAGGUAUCAUGAAGACUUUAUAAAGGAGUUUAUAGUAAAACAUGAAGUACAUGAAGAAGCAUAUAAAAGCAUAACUAGGAAAAAUCAAAACUUUGAUUUAUGUUCUCAACUUUUUUCUACUUACUUGUCAACAAAAUUGAGGUACGAUGAAGCGGGGAUAAUACUUCAGAGAGCAGAGUUAUACAAUGAUGCAAUAACUGAAUAUAAAAAGUCUCUUAAUUGGAAUCAAGUUAUAAGCUUGUCUGUGCUGCUUAAUGUUGAAUCAAGCAAGAGGAAAGAAAUUAUAUCUGAAUUGGCAAGAGGUUUGGUCAAACAGGAUAGGAUUGACGAAGCUGUUACAUUGUAUGAAAUGCAUUGUGAAGACUAUUUGAGUGCCAUAUCUGUUUUACUGGACAAAAACAUGUUUCAAAAAGCAUUGUGUAUGGCAAGGAAGUACAAUUCCUUGGAUUUAAUUGAUAAGGACAUUCGACCAGCCAUAAUCAAAUAUAGAAUUGAUCUGUACAGUAGGAUCUUGGAUCUCGAAAAGCAAUUUUUAAUACACUCUGACCGUUUGGAAACAGUUCGGUACAAUAAGCUGCUAAAUUUAAAAAAUAAGUACAGAAACGAAACAUGUAAGAUGUUUGGAGAAUAUGAUCAUUAUUCAGAAUAUGGAAGCUCGAUAUCCUCAUAUGGCUCUACUGUAGGUUCUAACAAAUCAAAAAUGUCAACAACUUCAGCAAAAAAUAGAAGAAAACUUAAUAAAAAAAAGACCGAUCUACGUGAAGGAAGCGUUUUUGAGGAUAUUGCAUUAAUAAGACACUUAUAUUUGUUAACAAUCAGUAUAUUCGAUUGCGGCCGAGAGGUUCGGGAAAUUUGCUUAACCUUAACAGAUGAUGCAUCUUUUACAUACAGUGCUAUGUUGCAUAGGAAACUCAGUGAGGUGCAAGAUAAAGUCAAAUCAAUUAUUCCACUAAUUUGGUCUAAUACAUUUGUUAAUGCGCCUCAUUCUAUAGAACCUGAAAUAUUAGCUGUUGUACAAAACAGAGAAGAAUUGGAUAUUGAGUUUCGAACUCCACCGCUUCUCAAGAAGUUAGAUGAUAAUUGGAAAUUGUUAAUCUUUCAAUAAAAGAUAUAUUCACAAUUUUAAGAAUUUAAAUUUUCCCUUUAAAAACAUAGUUACACACAAAUAAAAAUAACAUGUAUAUAAACGUUUUCCCAAUGAAGAAACAAAAUAAAUCUUCAAUGUUACACAAAAGAAGUGGGUUUAUUACUCCAGUUUUUGCGAUUUUAAAUUAGCAUUUGAAAUUGAAAACAAUUUUUUAUUCAAGCUGACGACCCAUUCGCGAAAGUUGGCGAUGCGUGCAAUAUGCUAAUGAAUUCAAAUGGUCAAAAUGGUUCCUGUCGUAAAGACCAUUAGGAAGUUGCUCUUAACACCAACU